AUGAAUCAUUCUUCCCAGGACACUGGCUCUGGUGGCGUUUAUGAAGACAGAAAGCUUUAUGUUGUGGAUUCCAUAAAUGACUUAAACAAACUAAACCUCUGUCCAGCCGGAUCGCAGCAUCUGUUCCCUCUAGAGGAGAAAAUCCCAGUCCUGGGCACAAACUCAGGAAAUGGAAGCCGGAGUCUGUUUUUUGUGGGGCUGCUAAUUAUACUGAUUGUCAGCCUGGUCCUGGUUUCCUUUGUGAUAUUUCUAAUAAUUCAAACUGGAAACAAGAUGGAUGAUGUGUCAAGAAGACUAACAGCUGAGGCAAAGGACAUAGAUGAUCUUAAGAAAAUCAACAACAUGAUUGUAAUGCGGCUCAACCAACUGGACUCUGAACAGAACUAA